UAAUCCAAGAUGGCAGCGGCCUAGUGCACGACACGUUCUCAGUAUUGUUUAUAAUAACGUUGCAUAUUGUUUAACCAUUAAUUAAUGACAAUGUUCUUCCGAUUUUGUAACUUGUGUCAUAAAACCGCGAAUGUCCAAUUUAUAAAUUUUCAACGAUGUUAUAGAAACACUUCUAAAAAGAAGAGCAGUGUCAAGCGCACCGCGUUCAAUGUCGAAGGGAAAACGCCGAUAAUCGAAUGCAAACGAAAGGAAUUUAACUUUUACGAGGGCCAAACGUACCCGAAACGUGAAAUAAUACAAUUAGCCAGCAAGGGAUGGCAUCACUACAAAUCUAAGGGGAUUACUUCCUCAUACAACCCUUUGUGCAUAACCAGACCCAGAACCAGAUGUCAGAACAGGCAGAGGAUGAUGCAUAUGAGGAAGAUACACAUGAUUCUUUCAAGCAGUUUAACUUGGAUCCACAACUGACAAAAAUCUUGGAAAGAUACAGCAUAACGAAGCCUCUGCACAUACAAAGAGUCGGAAUACCCAAGAUACUGAACGGUGCCAAUACCGUCAUAGCGGCGGAAACCGGCUGCGGAAAGACACUGGCUUACCUCUUGCCCAUGAUCGACGAAAUUUUAAGGUGGAAAGAAUUGGAGAAAGAUCGAAGGUACAAUUCUCCAUUGGGGUUGAUCGUGACGCCCUCUCGAGAACUAGCCUUUCAGAUAGGGCUCGAAGCAAGAAAGAUAUGCCAGUAUCUUGGCAUUCGUACAAAACUUUUUACCGGCGGAAAAACGAAGAAGAUUUUAUUGGACCCACCGGUGGAGGAAGUCGACAUUGUCGUAGCCAGUUUCGGAGUCAUCAGCAAAUUAACAACGAAUAAAGUCAUCAGACUGAGCGCGGUUAAGCACAUCGUGCUGGACGAGGCAGACGCCCUGUUUCAUGAGACGUUCCAGGAACAACUGCAGGUGUUCCUGAAAAGAGUGCCGCUCGGUUUUGCGCAAGACACAAAUUCUCCCAAGUUACCGGCAGCCGCACAGUUCACGGUAGUCUCCGCGACGAUGCCUUCGAGGAUGUCGAUAGUUCUGAAGGACAUCAUAAACGUGGACUCGUUGGUGCCCGUGAAGUCGAACAAGUUGCAUCACAUCCUCGUGCCGCAGAAAUUCAUGAGGGUGGGUGCGGACGACAAGCCAGCGGAGCUCCUGAAGUACAUCAAGCCGAAGGUGGCGAGGAAGGAUCAAGUGAUCGUGUUCAGCAACGACAACAAGACCUGCAAUUGGGUCAGCAUGUUCCUCGACAACAGCAACAUCAAGAGCGUUUCCUUGAACGGCGAGAUGCCGUUGUACGACAGGAACAACAGGUACGCCGCCUUCAAGAGCGGCAAGUGCCGAGUGCUGUGCACCACGAACGCCGGGUCGCGCGGCCUCGACACGAUCACGGUGCGCCACGUCUUGAACUACGACUUCCCGACCGCGACCGCCGAUUACAUUCACAGAUGCGGUAGAACCGGAAGGGUCGGUAACAUCAAGGACUGCCGAGUGACCAACUUCAUAAGCACUCAGUCUGAACUCACGGUGGUUCAGAAGAUAGAAAAAUCCGCACGGAGGCUGAAGCCGAUCCCGAUAAUCGACAUCCACCACAACCCGGACGAUGACGUGGAGGGAUUCGAUAUUGAAGACAUUAAGCAGAUGGAGCAGGAAGAGUUCAGCGUACCGUACUGAUGUAUCAAAGUUGAUGUAAAUAAAGAUCGGUCUUUAUUAA